ACUGGAUCACAUGAAGUGACCCAACGUUUGGAUCGAUGUUUGCUUUGAUUUUGUAAACAAUUAGUGUUUUUGCCGUCAAUUAAAGCAACGAUUUGUUAAUUGGAUUCAAUUCUUGUGACAAUCGAUGACUGGUUUGUGAACCGCCGCUAACGUGAGACACGAGACAAUGAGACGAUGUCUUCGCUAAUCAAUCGCUCGUUUUCGAUGGUCUCCAACGGUUUGCAACAGAAGACAGCAAUGAAUGGCCAACACAUGGAGUCCAGUGAUAAUCCGCUUAAAGUCUUUGUUUUGGCCAAAAAGACAAUUAACGAGAUAUUUCUCGACAUCAAUGCCUUCGUCACUGAAUGCCAACAGUUUGUGAAAGAUGUGAACGAAGAGGUGGUGACUCGAGACCAGUUGACUCGAGUGGACAGUUUCAUCGACAAAGUGGUGGGCAUUCGGGAUGUGUUGAGUAGGGAUCACAUGAAAGUGGCGUUCUUUGGGCGCACGAGUAAUGGCAAGAGUUCUGUCAUUAACGCCGUCCUCCACAACAAGAUAUUGCCCUCAGGUUUGGGUCACACAACCAAUUGCUUCCUUCAGGUCGAGGGCACCGAUGAGGACGAGCCCUAUAUUGUGGUCGAAGACAACCCCAACACUCGUCUGAACAUAGAGUCGGUGCAGGACUUGGCGAACGCCUUGAAGACGGAAAGCAUGGGUGACGCGACUCUCGUCCGCGUGUUUUGGCCCAAAAGCAAGUGCUCUCUACUGAGCGAUGAUGUGGUUCUUGUGGACAGUCCUGGCAUUGAUGUGUCCGCCAAUCUGGACGAAUGGAUUGAUAAGCACUGCUUGGAUGCAGACGUCUUCGUUCUGGUCUCCAAUUCGGAGUCAACUCUAAUGAGAACUGAAAAGAAUUUCUUCCAUAAAGUGAACGAAAAGCUGUCGAAACCCAAUGUCUUUAUUUUGAACAAUCGAUGGGACGCUUCCGCUUCAGAGCCCGAAAACCAAGAACUCGUUCGCAAACAACAUCUGACCCGUGAUAUUGACUUUCUCUCGUCAGAACUCAAUGUCGUCGACAGCAACGAAGCCAAAGACCGAGUCUUUUUCGUGUCGGCCAAAGAGGUGCUGCAGUCGCGCCUCCAGAGCCAACCCGUCAACUCGAAUGCAUUUCCCGAUGGCUUUCAACUUAGAUAUUUCGAGUUUGAAGACUUCGAGCGCAAGUUCGAGCAGUGUUUGUCUCAGUCGGCCCUCAAGACUAAGUUCGCACAACACACCAAACGGGCCCAGAGGUUGACCUCUGAAUUGAAUCAUAUCCUCGACGCUAUUCAACAGAAAUCGAGUCAAAUGAUGACUUCGAAGUGCGAACAGAGAAAGGAAUUGAUGGAUAAGUUGCAGUUCAUUCAGCAACAGAUGCAUCUGUUGACCGAUGAGGUGAAGCACCAGAUCUGCCAUAUGGUAGAACAGGUAGAGGUGAAGGUCUCGUCGGCUCUCACCGAAGAGAUCCGUCGACUGUCUCUUCUGGUCAAUGACUUUGACCGACCUUUUAGUUCCGAUUGUCUUGUGUUAGGGGUUUACAAGAAAGAGCUUCACUCACACGUAGAGCGAGGCCUCGGCUCCAACUUAAGGGCGCGACUGUCGAGCGCUCUGUCGUGUAAUGUAGAGUCGGCUCAACACGAGAUGAUUGAACGCGUUAUGAAUUUACUUCCGCCGAGCGAUCAGCAAAAACAAUUCAAUUAUAGUCUGAAUCCGCGACAGAAUUUCGAGAUCUUAUACCGAAUUAACUGCGAAUCCCUUUGUUCUGACUUUCAGGAAGACUUGGAGUUUAAGUUCUCUUUCGGUUUAAUUCAAAUGAUUAAGAGAUUUACGAGAAGUGAUUAUAAGAUUAAAGAUGCCAAAUCAUUGCCAUCGACAGCACCGCAAACCCCAAGUAAUAGCGAAGUGGUUCGCACCACCGCUUUGGAUACCGACGCUUUGGCUCUGAUUGACAGACUAAGUCUACUUUCCCCGCAAUCGCACACAACUGUUGGUGUGUUAGGCGUCAGUGCUUUUCUCGUGCGAACCAUCGGUUGGCGUUUAAUCGCGAUUACGGCCAGCGUUUACGGACUGUUGUAUAUCUACGAGAGACUCACGUGGACUAAUAGGGCCAAAGAGACCACUUUUAAGCGACAAUACGUCAACCAUUCGACUAAAAAACUUAAGCUAAUAGUCGAUCUGACGAGUGCUAACUGUUCACAUCAGGUCCAACAAGAGCUGUCGUCCACUUUUGCCCGUUUAUGCCAUUUAGUGGAUGAAGUGAUUGUUGACAUUCAGACAGAGCUUAAACUAUUGGACGAACAGAUCCAACGACUUGACGACUACUCCAAUAUCUCGAGACGACUCAAGAAUAAAGCCAUCUUUUUGGCCAAUGAUUUAAAUAAGUUUAGUGACGAUUACCUUAAUAUUGAAAGUCAUUAAAUAUACGUAACUAUUAAAUUGAGGG